AUGAGACAUGUCCCAUUGCCGAUGCGGCGCUUUUAUACCACAAUUGAGAAAAUGGAGGAAAUCACCGAAGGUAUCGAUAACAUUGAACUAAUGUUGAAUGAGGAGGGGCCGCCCAUGGAGAUAAACAAUAAACCUUCCGUUGACUCGAACGCCGUGCAUGUGAAUGAAUUGUCGGCGCAUAAUUUCACCAAACAAGGGGACGAAGUGGACGACGUGGUCGAUGUAGAUGCGGAUGAUAAUGCCGAUACGUUGAGCGCAAAUAACACAAGUAGUUCUCUAGGUGGAAAUACAGCAGAAAAUGCCACCAAUAGCCGCAACAACACAGCCAGCGUAUACUCGGGGCAUUUGUCAGUGUCGUCGUCAUCAUCUGUUAUGUCUACGUCGUUGCACAACGCGUCGCAUAUGAAAACAAAUCAAAGUGAACAUGCCAGCGUAAACGUGAUGGCACGCCGACCUAGUUGUGAUGCGCCGCUCCAACAGCAACAGCAACAACCACAGCAACAGCAACCUGUCGCCGCACAGCAAACGCAUAGCGCCAUCUAUGCAUCACAAUCCUAUGCACAACUCAUUGGCGGCAGUCCGGCACGUCGCAGCCCAUUCAACUUUAACGCCAUGCAAUACACCAGUCCCAGCGUGUUGGAACGCCGUAAUUCGAGCGGAUACAGUACUGGCGCACAACGUUCCUCGAUGACAACCCCGGAUAGCGGCAUCAGCCAAACGCAAUCAUCUCAUUCGUGUACGCCUGGUCCCUACAGUCCGCAUCGGACCAUCUCGACACCCAUACCAGCCAAAACGUACUGUGACAAGUCGGUCAAUUCUUCGCCGAAACGCAUGCGCUCAGCACUCACCUCGCCAAUUGAACCCUUUGCGGCGAAUGCUGGACGAGAGCAUGCGCUCAAGCAGGAGAUCGAGCAGUUGCAGGAGAAAUUAAAAGAUACCGAGGAGCGUUUAAAAUCGUUGCGUAUACAACACGAUUCCCUAUCACAGUUACAUCGCGAUUUGCGUGAAAGCAAUACCAAACUACAAGAGGAGUCUGAAAUACUUAAGUUGGAUGUGCAACAUCUGAACGAAUGUGCCAACAUAUUGCGUACCGAGUUGCAAACGGCACGUGCGGAUCGCAAUGAAGCGCUUGAGUUGCAAAAGUCAUUGCAGAGUGAGUUGGAUGAGAGCCGCCAGGAGAAGAAGCGCACGCAGGAGCUGAAGGACAAAGAUGCCAAAACAAUACAAGAUCUGCAGCGGCAAUGCCGUGAAAUGGAGCGCAUACUGAUGCGCAAGCACCCAGACUCGGUGUCGGCGUUAAUUGUCGCUUCCAAAAACCCCGGGAAAUGUGCAAAUAAUGACCAAGAGAAUUUGAACAGUCGUAAACUCUUGGAGCAGCGUAUUGCGCAACUGGAAUCAGACGCCAGAGAACAAGACUUAAAAGCGCAACAAAUACUCGCAAAUGUGCAGGCGCGCUUCAAUUCGGUGCAGGCCAAAUAUGAAACUCACAUUGCCGAUCUGGAGACACAGGUGCUAAGCCUACAGGAAAUCAAUACAAAACUAAACGAAAAGAUCGAGUCGCAAGUGCGCACUUUGGACUAUUUCGUCUCCAAGAAAGCUGAGAAUUUCUACAACAAUUGCACGCAAACAGAUGCGAAUCUCGUUGAGGUUGAAAAUGAGGCAGGGUGCAGCGGUGAUGUGACCAAGCGCGCCAGCUUAAAUACGACGUUCAAUGCAAACAGCACCAGCGCCUGCUCCAAUGUCAACGCUAAAGCCAACAGCAGCAGCAACAGCAACAGCACAAUCGGCACACAAACAACCGAAACGAAGAACACGCGCGAUCAUAGCACCAAUACCAUUGGCACCUCCAGCGCCGUGCAUUCAGCAAGUUCAAGUACCAGUAGCACCGCCAAUUCAACGCCCAACACCUCACGACCGAAUUCAAAACAAAGCGGCAUACGCAAACCACUAGCCACUGCAAUGGGUUCACUCGGCUCUGCUUUGGUCUCGAAACUGCCCGUCUCACAUUCGGAUUUGACCAUUUCCGCGCACCACGCAGCGGCCAAGGAGGACGCGCACCUGUUGGCCACCAUACGAGGCAUGCGCGUUGAUUUGGCGAUGAAGGACAAGGCAAUGCAGCGAUUAACGCGCGAGUUGGAGGAAUGCAAGAAGACAAUAAAGAAGCUGCAACGCGAGAAAGAGGCACUUAAAUCAGAUAAGUCGCAGUGGAACAGCUAUACUUGCCUGAAUAUUUCACGACGCAGUCACGAGCCACAGCAUCACAGUCAAGCGCAUAGCGAGCAAAUGCCAGCCACCACAGAGAGUCAAGCGCUGCGGGAAGCGCAAAACAAACUUAAGCUACUGGAAUCAGACUACAGAGUACUACACGAUAAGCGUUUAAGCGAUUUGAAAACGCUGCAAAGUGCCCAUGAACGUGAGUUGGCCUCGUGUCAUGAAACGGUGCGCGUCUUGCAGCAGCGCCUAAACGAACGCGAUGAAGCGUUUGCAACACAAAAGCGCCGAAAAUUACCAGUCGACUACUACGCGUUAAAAGCCAAGGUAUCGUCGUUGGAGCGGCGUCAUUCGGAGCGUGAGGAACGUUUGCGGAUGCUGGUAGACGCGCUGAGCAAAGGACGUCUAACAGGCGCCAUUGAAGAUCUGCUCGGCGACAACAAUAACCAGCGAAGUACCUAAAAGCGAGCAUAAAUGCAACCAAUCACUGCACAACAAUAACAAAA